CGGGAGAGGCCGUGCGUCGCGGGGGCGGGGCUGCGCAGGCGUGCAGGGCCUCCCGGCUCCGGAGCAUAAACAAGAGCGGGGACGGGAUGAGGCGGCGGUUGAUCCCGGGACGGCGAGCGGCGGUGGCUGAGGCGCCAAUCGGGGCCCGGCACCGAUCCUGAGCGCAGCCCGACCCGUCUUCGCACGCGCGUGCACCCGGCCGGCCCGACCCGCCCGCCCGCCGCGCGCCCAGCCAUGAACCUGGCGAGCCAGAGCGGGGAGGCCGGCGCCGGCCAGCUGCUCUUCGCCAACUUCAACCAGGACAACACACCAGUGAAAAGGGCACCAAGAGCAGCUGGUCCCCGUCGUCCCCGUGUUUACUGGUCCCUAGCUGUUGGUAGUAAGUCCGGUUAUAAAUUUUUCUCCCUUUCUUCUGUGGAUAAGCUGGAACAGAUCUAUGAAUGCACUGAUACUGAAGAUGUGUGCAUCGUAGAAAGAUUGUUCUCAAGCAGCUUAGUGGCCAUCGUGAGCCUGAAAGCCCCAAGAAAGCUAAAGGUUUGCCACUUUAAGAAGGGAACCGAGAUCUGCAACUACAGCUACUCUAACACAAUACUGGCUGUGAAGCUCAACAGGCAGAGGCUGAUAGUAUGCCUGGAAGAGUCUCUGUACAUACACAACAUCCGGGACAUGAAGGUACUGCAUACGAUCAGAGAAACGCCUCCAAACCCUGCAGGCUUGUGUGCACUGUCAAUAAACAAUGACAAUUGUUACUUGGCAUACCCAGGGAGCGCAACCAUCGGAGAGGUGCAGGUCUUCGAUACAAUUAAUUUGAGAGCUGCAAACAUGAUCCCGGCCCAUGACAGUCCUUUAGCAGCAUUGGCUUUUGAUGCCAGUGGAACCAAACUUGCCACUGCUUCUGAGAAGGGGACCGUGAUUAGGGUAUUUUCCAUUCCAGAGGGACAGAAACUCUUUGAGUUCCGGAGAGGCGUUAAGAGGUGUGUGAGCAUCUGCUCGCUGGCCUUCAGCAUGGACGGCAUGUUCCUCUCUGCAUCCAGCAACACUGAGACUGUGCACAUCUUCAAACUUGAGACUGUGAAAGAAAAACCCCUGGAGGAACCCACCACCUGGACCGGGUACUUCGGGAAGAUGCUCAUGGCAUCCACCAGCUACCUGCCUUCUCAAGUGACAGAAAUGUUCAACCAGGGUAGAGCCUUUGCCACAGUCCGCCUGCCCUUCUGUGGCCACAAAAACAUCUGUGCACUGGCCACAAUUCAAAAGAUUCCCCGGCUGCUGGUGGGGGCCGCUGACGGGUACCUGUACAUGUACAAUCUGGACCCCCAGGAGGGGGGUGAGUGUGCCCUCAUGAAGCAGCACCGGUUGGACGGCAGUAUGGAGACGGCCAGUGAAAUCUUAGACUCUGCCUCUCACGACUGCCCCUUAGUAACUCAGACAUACAGCACAGCUGUAGCAAAAGGUACUUACGUGCCUUCGUCUCCGACAAGACUUGGUAAGGGGCAUGACACAAACCUCGAAGCCUACACGGAUGACCUGGGUGCCGUGGGCGGCGCUUGUCUGGAGGAUGAGGCCAGCGCCCUGCGCCUGGACGAGGACAGCGAGCACCCUCCCAUGAUCCUUCGGACUGACUGAACCUGACCUGUGACCUCUGACCCUGGAAGCAGAGAACACUGGCUUGACAGAGGACUUUGUGCAUUGCUGCUACGAACUUUGACCUGAAUUGGGGAGAGGAUGGCAGAGACUUUAAAAAAAAGAUUGUAGUGGUAGUCUAACUCCUCCAUUCUGUUGAGAAAAUACAUCGUUUUCACUUCAGUGGCUUUUAAUCCUGCUUAUGAAUUUUAGAUUUUUGUUUGUUCUCUCUUUUUGCCAAAAUUUAACUGUUUGGUGAAGCCCUCAAAAUCUCCUUGCUUUGCAUGCAUGAAUGUGCCAAGCCAGCAUAGGAGAGCUAGAAGCCACUUCAUAACAAACUGCAAUUGUUUGGUUUUUGUUACCUGUACAUAGUGACCGUGUGUGUAAGGAAACCGUGGCAUGGUGCAGAGUGGUUCUGGUUGUCAAGGCUGGUUCUGCAGUGACAGGUCCAAGGGCUGCCCGCUUGGGGCUCACCGGUGUGCUGGGCAGACAUCGGCCUCAGACAAUGGUCCUCUUUCCCCAGAGCCCCACUGGACCAUUUUCCUCCGUUUUAUUUUGUUAACUAAAUUCUUUCCAAAUUGGAUUAUUCUGGGAUUUCUUCCAUGGUGGAGUUUUGUUUAUGAUCUUGUUUUCCAUAUGGAUAUUGGAAGAGAGAGAGGUUGUUUCUGAUAUUAAAAACCUUUCAUUCUGACAGCAGGUGAACUUGAAAGAUUACUUGGACUCCUUGAAGCAAAGGAAAGUGAUUCAUUUGUAUAAUUAAAUUAUCUGUUCUUCUACUUUACUCUUCUUGUGGAAUAACUGUGUGAUUUUUUUUUUUUAAUUGUUGUUUAAGAGGAAAGUUUGUAGCUACUCUUAUGCCCAAGAAAGCACAGAAUACAAAUGUGAAGGGUAUCUGAAUCGUCCUCCCCCUGAGCUCCACUGUCUGUCGGAGGCUCUUCUUCCCUGUGUCGGGAAUGGUAGCCAUAGCUAGCAGCACGGGAGAGAAGGCGGCUCUGGACACCUACUGGGCCAGGGGACAUGUGCCUUUUCUAUUUUAAUCUUAGCAAAUUUGUUCAGCAAAGUGAUGAGAGAUUGUGGUUGCAAGUUUCAGUAUUUGCCUAGCUUCCCUUUUCAUUUUUACAGAAUUAAAACAACCUCAAAUACCUCAAACUCUGCAUUCCAAACCAAGACGUAUAGCAGUUAAAGUUUUGAGGGCAUUUGAGUGGAGUUAAUGGCGUGAAAGAUCAUUUUACAGUCUUUGGAGUAGUCUUUGGAGUGGUGAAAGUUAAGGAUAGAAGUAAAAGGGCAGAAAUACUGUCUUGGCCCUGCCUUUUCAGGUUCUCGGGUUUUGAACAGAGGAGGACGAGGGACGCCUGCUUUCAGGCCGUAGCAGUUGAGUAGCUUCCAUGGGGAGUUGUCAGCUUGACUUUUCAUGGCUGUGACGCUCCUGAUGUUCCUGGGCUGGUCUAGUGGCUUUACAGUAGGCUCUGAACGCUGGGGUGCGUGGGUCCUCAGGCGUCCCUGGAGGAGCUGGCAUAUAGGCAGAGAGUGCAUUCGCCAGGCAGACGUGAACGGUGGGGCUGGUGAACUUAAAAGCUCUCGUAUGUCUGUCGUGGCUCCUCUGCGAGUGGAAUGCCAGUGACAUAGUCUGAUGCAGUGGCCACACCUGCCAGGCUGCUCCUUUGCAAGGAGUAAGGGGCCGUGGCAGGACACAGCCUUGACUGCACCAGACACAGGCUGGUGGCACGGGACCCAGAGGGUCCUCUCUGUCUUUAGAAGGUGGCCGUGGAUGCCAUCUCUGAGGAGGCUUGUUUAGCCAGAGUGAGUGUUAAUGGGAAAAAAAUUGUCAAAAGUGUACACGAUUGACUUGGAACCCCGAGCUGGGGCUUCCUGACAACCAAAGAGGAGGGCUGCACUUCAAGUUCUGUGUUAAAAUGUUAUUAGUUUUGGUGCCUUUCUUGUUGACUUUUACACUUGUGGUUUGGGGACUCAAAUCUACUUUGCCAGGUUUCUUUUGUCUUUCUUUGGGAUUGGCAGUUCUAGAAGAUGUUGGGAAUUUAAUUCCUUCAUUCUGCCUUGGUUUCCUGCACUUUGAGAUAAGGCAGUUAGGGAGGGUGGCCUCUGGCACCCUGUGCCUGCCUGUUCGGCCCUGCCCUUCCCCUUGGUGGCCCCAGCACAGCUGGUCAAAUCCUUUCCUGCCAAGACUACAGAAAGCCUUUUUGCCCAGGUCAGGCCUAACCUGUGGGCCCAGACAGGGAGUUCUAAGGGUUCUUGGUUGAGGAAAACAAAAAGAAUUUAUGUGUGUUUGCUAACCAUCGUGUGAGGAUUUUUCUUUUGCCUAUUUCAUUGCCACAAGCACUUCCUCUGUGCUUGAACCAGGCGGAGAAUAGCUGCAGACCUCGGGCAUGAGGGAUUGACAGGGAGACAGGAGAGAAAAGCCGUGAGGGUGUCACUAGGACUCUUACUGCCGUGCCAGGAGCCGAGACAAGAAGGGACUCUGAACCAAACAACACGUGUACUGGUUUGCUAAACUCCAAACUAUACACCAAUAUUGAUUUUUUUUAAUUAUAUAUUUUUCCAAACUUCAAGAAAGGUCAUGGGGGUGGAAGAUAGGAAACAAAACCUGGAAAUUUAUCGAAUGGGCUCUGGAUCGGGACCAAACCUUUUUGUAGUUUCUAAAACAAUGAAACCAAGAGCUGGAUUGAAGCUGGAGUGAAAAAGAACUGAAUUCAGCAGGGUGUGGUGACCUGCAUGUGUCAUCCCAGCCGUGGAAGGGGCUGUGGAGGAGCCUCCCUUCUCCCUGGAGGAGUUCAAGACCAGCCUGGGCAAUGUGGCAAGACCCCAUCUCUUAAAAAAAAACCCUGAAUUCAGUCCCUGUUUCUGCCACUGACUAGCGGUGAGCAGCGGUUACCUGGGGGCCGAGGUUCUCUGGACUGUUGAGUGGGAAUUGUCCCCCACCUCACAGGGUUGUUGUGAGGUUAUAAUGUGAGCGACUGUCCUGCAGCACCCGGCUCAGGGCCUGGCCGGUGGUGGGCACCCAAUAAAUGCUAAAACAGAAACUGG